CGUCACUAUUUUUGUUGAAAAGAAGGAAGUGGAAUGUGACAAACUUAGAGUGGGCGCGCACCUUCGCAGAGAUGGAGGAGAGGAAGCUGAAGCGAAAGAGCCCCAGGCCGUCCACCACCCAGGCCACUGCCCCGGUAGCCGCCCGCAAAAACGCGGCGACCGGCCGGACUCUCGCCUUCAACGGCAUGGGGAGCCAGAACAGCCAGAAGGUGAAGGCUCGAAGAGGCAUGCGGGACAAGCCCAAACCACAAGGCCCGACAACAAAAAGCACCCAGCCCACCCCCAUCCAACAUUCGUUCCUCACUGAUGUUUCUGAUGUGCAGGAGAUGGAGAAGGGUCUCCUGAGCCUCCUCAAUGACUUUCACUCGGGCAAGCUGCAGGCCUUUGCUUGGAAUCCUUUGUUUCUGAAUGCAGGUAAUGAGUGUUCAAUUGACCAGAUGGAACAUGUGCGGGAAAUGCAGGAAAAGCUGGCUCGACUGCACUUCGACCUCUAUGGAGAGGUGGAUGAGAUGCCAGAGGACAAAAAGAAGCUUGCCAGCGAUAAGAACAUGGACAAACUUUUGAUGAACCUGGAAGAACUGAGUUCAUCAAUGUAUCCUUUCAUUAUUCUGAGACGGAUAUGCUCGGACACACUGGACUCAGACCCCACGCCACACAGCGUCCACAGUGUGAAGAGGUGGCGGAUGAACAGCAGAGAUGUCCAACCUGCUCUGGUCACAUCAGAGACCCGCUUCAGCGCCUGGACUCCAGUGUCCCACAGGCCAUCAAACCACCAGCUUUUCCAGGAGAGAACAACGCUCGUUUUACACUGGUUUGAUUUGUGGACUGACCGUCAAAGAAAACAGUUUAUUCAUAGCAUCCUGACCAGAUGUUCCAGAUCUCAGCUGAAGUUCACCAGAGACCGGUUCUUGUCGGCCGUUCCCGCCACCCACGCGGACUUCACUACUGUGCUGCCACGCUUCCUGUCCCUCUACGUCCUGUCCUUCCUAAACCCGCUGGACCUCUGCAGCGCCGCCCAGGUCUGCUGGCACUGGAAGUUCCUGGCGGAGCAGGACUGUCUCUGGCUGCCCAAGUGUGUGAGACGGGGGUGGUUUCUCCCCUAUACCCCUGGCGAGCGCGAGUACGGUUCCUGGAAGUGCCACUAUGUGGCGUGUGCACGCAGCCUGGACUACCUGACUCCGCGGGAGGCGGCCGAGGUGUACGGCACGCUCAACGAGCUCCUGGGAGACGCAGAGGAGCUGGAGGAGCGGAGGAGGGAGAGGCACAUCAGGCAGCUCAUCCGGGAGAAGGUGGCCGAGCAUAAGAGAGCCAUUCUAAUGUCCAGACGGGCAUGGCGGAGUAACAGCCGGACCGCAGAAGUGCUCAGCAGCAAGGAGCAGUGGGAAAAGCUGCAGACCAGCGAGGGCCAGCAGGGUCUGACGGCUGCUCUGGUGCUCUUAGGGGAAAGGAGUCGCUCGCCAUCCUCCCUCUCGCAGCUGCUGGACCGUGAAAGCCGGCUCUUCUCGACCCAGGAAUCCGUCCUGAUGAAAACCCGUAUGGUCGACUCCCUGCGGUCGCUACCUGAGGGAUCCUGCAAGUCACCCAGCCUCAGGUCACACCCCCAGACGCCCAGCCUGUCCCCGAGCGCUCCUCCCCCCCGUCUCCUCCUGAUCUCCUCUAGGAUACCUGCAUAUGAGAUGGUGCUGUCCGCUGCGCGGGGGGUGGUGGUGCCGUUGCUCUAUGACCACAGCGGGACCACACUGGAGGCUUUGCUGUCCCGGGUGGAGAGGUCCCUGCGGGGCAGGGGUGCUCAAAGCGUGGCCGUCCUGGCCGAAGGGGACGAGGGGCAAAUUAACCUGCUGCAAGGCUGCCCGGUGACACGGGACACCGUCCUCAAGCCAGACGUCAGGGAAUUCUGGGAGAAACUGGGGGGGUUGGUGGUGCCACCAGCCGAAGGAGGGAGUCUCUUCAUCUUUGCUCCUCUAGCAGCUUCAGGGACCGGGACGGAGCUCAUGGCAAAGCUCUCAUCCCUGACGGGCUUGAACAUCAGCGCACCCGUCGGGCUUGCAACCGGAUCAUACCAGAGCAUCCUUGGCGAAUGGGAGGGAGGGUCCGCGUUCCCGCCAUGGCUGUACUUCAGCGAGGCUCCGCUGUUGAGCUGGGCGAAGCAGGCGCGGUGGCUGGAGGAGGCCCUGGGGGCCCUCAGGGAGAACCUGGGGUCCCAGCUCAAGCAGCUGAGCCAGGAGAUGCGGGGACGUGCACUGGGCCAGUUUCUGGGGGACGCAGUUGUCCCAUCUGAGUUCCACGUCACUUCCGAGGUGACAGAAGCUGUAGCCGAGGGCCUGGAGACCCUGUCCGGAGAGAGAUGCGAGGAACCGCUUCAGUUCCUGGCAGCGUUCCUGCAGAGGAGGUGCGAGGAGGGCAGUGCGGAGAAGACCGACAAGGGGUUCCUCACGCAAAGCGGCAGAACCACUCCUGACUCGCACGGCAGCCCCGAUGGACGGACCGCCGCGUUCAGGGAGCUCGUCCGCAGCGAGGGGGUUUACGUGCGGCAGCUGCGAGCGGUUGCCCGGGUGUACCACGUCCCCCUCAGGGCUGCUCUUGACUCCAACCGUGCCAUCCUCAGUUCCGCCAAUGUCCUCAUGGUCUUCUCAUCUCUUUUGGAAAUCCUGGAGGUCAACAAGGUCUUCUUGGAGGAGCUGACCGAGAAGAUGGCGGAAUGGGAUCCGCUCCAAAGCGUGGGCGACGUCUGCCUCAAGCUCUGCUCCAGACUAAGGGCCUACACCAACUUCCUCAAGAACUACCCCACCAUCCUGCGGACCAUCGACAGGUGCCGGGAGAAGAUCCCAGCAUUCCGGGCCUUUCUGAAGAGACACGACAGAACGCUGGCCACCGGCAUGCUGAGCCUGCCGGAGCUCCUACUGCUGCCGUCGUCCCGCAUCGAGGAGUACGUCCCCCUGCUGCAGGCCCUCCUCCGGCACACUGCCCCGGAGCACCCCGACCGCCCCCAGCUGAGCACAGCGCUGGAUACCCUGAGCCACUACAGGGACUUUGUCCGUAAGGUAAAGCAGGGUGCGGACGGUGAAGCGAAGAUAUUGGAAACUCAGAGGCUGAUCCAGGGCUGCCCUAGCCUUCGGGAGGGAAACAGGCACCUGAUUGCGGUCCAGGAGGUGGCACUACUGAGCUGCCCGGACGUCCAGAUCGCCGUUUCUCUCAGGGUCUACGAGCACAUGGGGGACAUGGGCCUCUUCCUGUUCAACGACGUGCUGGUUCUCACACAGAGGAGCGUCUCUCACCUGCCCUUCAGCUACGCCCAGCGGACGUCACACACCUUCCUGGCCUCUGUGUUCCUGCGUGGCCUCGCCGUGCAUGACAUCACUGACACCAAGUAUGUGAAGAAUGCUUUUGUGUUGGAGGGCCCAAGGCAGAGGUGGACCUGUGCCACGGAUGAAGAGGGGGACAAGGUCACAUGGCUGUCUGCCUUGCACAGGGCCAUCAGUGCCACUGUCAGGGAGAGUUAGUGGCAUUUUAGGUAACAGGAACCAUCGAGC